AUGAUCGGAGGCCUCGGGCCGUUAAUGCUUCGCUACAAAUAUCGGCUAUCGCGGGAUUACCCUGGCAAUGCAAAGCUCCCGCAGGAUCCCUAUCAUGGGCCAGAUCUCGCAAGCAUUCAUGCAGAUGGGUAUCCUAGAGGAUUGGAAUCCUUGCGCGUAUAUCUGUUGGGUAGUCGGCCAUUGUUGUUGGCUAUCAGCCAUCGUGUCAGCCUGUCAUGCAGAUUGCUGGCCCGUCGCACAUGGCUGAGCAGCACGUGGCGCAACGAACUGGCCCCAAGCUGGGUCUUACAGGAUUCGUAUUUGUAG